AUGCGGCGGGUCGGGGAGAAAACGCUGCACCUGUGCCACGAGUCGGCGACGGGGAACGGCGGCAGGCUGUUCGAGUUCCUGCUCCCCGGGCCGGUGACGCUGACCCGCUUCCUUCUCGCGGUGCCGGUCUGGCCCAUGCUCCUCGUUUACUCGGAGGGGGCGUCCUUCUGGCCGUUCAGCAUGGCGAGCAGGGGGGACCACUCCCUGCCGCCGUCGGAGGAUUCGCUGUGGGCUAACCCUUGGGACUGGUUCAGGGUCGCCGUGCCUUCGCUCUCUCGGUCGGACAACGACAGCCCGCUGAGCUACGUGUACUGGGCGAUCGUACCGCACCUGCUGUGGACCCUCGUUUCCGCGGUUUGGGUAGGCCUCCUCGGCGCCGCCAAUCUGGUCUGCUGGUACUUCGGGCACGCAGAGGACUGGUCGGCGCACUCGUGGGGCGUGUACUUCUCGAGCCAGGAGUCACCCUUCAGCGUCUGGUCGGCCCGGCUGCAGUCGGCGCUGGGGAUGGGCUUCACCGCGUGGGCCGCCAGGGAGUUCCGACGGCUGCUGGCUUUCUCGGCGGCGCUGGCGGCGGUGGUGGUCCAGGGGUACCGGCGGGGCGCCUGCCUGGAGCAGGAGUGGGCGUUCGUGUUCGCCGUGGCCGCGUGGUGGAUCGCCGUGCUCAUCGGCCACGCCGCCCGGAAGAAGAACAUGUUCAAGCCGCUCAACGAGGCCGCCGGCCCCGCCGUGGCGGACCGCUGGUGA